AUGCUUCGCCCAAGGUCCGCCCGUAGGAGGACACGCCCGACCUCACGCGAGGUGUCCCGCGGACCUCCUGCCGGGCUGGGCGGCGCCCCGGGCGACUGGCGGGCGGCGAGCCUCGGGCGCGCGAGGGCAAGGAGUCGCGCCUCGCGGCGCGAGGCCUCGCGGCCCGAGCCUGUGGGAGGGCUGCCCCAGGGCGCCAUCACAUCACCACGGAGGCGCGAGGAGGAGGAGGAGGAGGAGGAGGUGGUCUUCGAACAUGAACCUCACACGAUCCACUUGUCCUCAGCAGUCUUCGGCGGAGCCUGGCCGUCUUCGCUUCUUCUGCGCGGAAGCUGGGCGUCUUCCGGUGGGAAAGGGAGCGGGCCCGGGAUAGUUGCCCCCGCGCCCUGUUGA